UUCUAGAAACACCCAAAAAUUGGUGUUUGAAACAUAGCAUCGAAGAGAGGAGGCUGAAGAAAUCAAGGAAGGGAGGACAAAAUUUAUUUCAAUAAAAAUCAGAGAAAUCCUAAACUUAUGAAAUAUUUUCAUGGCACAAUUGAUCCACAAAAAAGAGGUCUAUAUACAAUAAAAAUUCUCUUUUAAUGAAUUGACCAAGUGUGAAGAUUGAAUUCAAUGUUGAAAAAGUGAUGUAGAUAGUGCACAUUUAUUCUGUGUUCUGCAAUACAAAUCAGCAUGACCACAGUAGUUCCAAAGGGGCUUUUCAAAAGGCAACUUGGUUUUCUUGGGUUUUUUCUUGAAAACAAUUUACUUCUCAUCCAUCACCUGGAUUGAGAAUCUCCACUGACAGACAUAUGGCCCCAGGAAGGAUCAACUGCCAUGGGAUUUUGCUCCAUCACAGCAUAUCUGAAAAUUGAAGUGUAGCUACUGAUGAUAGAUGGUACACCUGUUCUUUUCUAGCCUACUUAUAAAAGAGGCCAACCUAGUUCAUUUUGAUUUGCAAUGAAAAUAGAGCAAAUAUCUCAUGGAAAGAAAGACAACUGUGAGCCAUAUAUAAAAUCCCUUUCCAACUCUGUUAAUCUGUUAAUGCAGGUGGAGGGAUGAUAUUCUGCAAAGAAAAUUAGAAAACAGAGAAUGAAAAGUAGAAUAAAUAAGUAAUGUUAGCUUCACCAGUUCUUGAAACUAGCUUCCUGGUAGGAAUAAUAAUGGAAUAACAAUGGACUGCGAGGUUCCCCCGCCUCACAGGAAUGGCCCUCCGUACUAUCGAGGGCCUACCUUAAUGAAGGGUCUUGGGAUCCAGAGAGUGGCAUGCAUCGAAGAAGAAUCUUUGGGGGUUUUUAAAUAGGUUUUUUAAGAAGGGUUUUUUAAGCGGGGGGAGGGAAGGGAUGGGUAGGGGGAGAAACCCGUCUGGGAGGGUAUGUCCAGUCCCUGCGCUUGCUCACGGCGUUUUUUUAUCCUGUCCGAAGGCGGUGUUCAUGGUGUAGAGGUGUUGUUCCAUCUGUACGGUAAGUGGGAGAGGCAGAUAUGGUGGAAGCGAGGGGCCGUAUCGUUUUCUGGGAGCACGUGCUCGCUGUUUAAAAGCGAUCACGUGCUCCGGCCCCUCAGUCCUUACCCAUUCCCCGGAUGGUCAAGACCCUCAGACCUUGGGCCUACGGUUGAUGUUGUGCAAUGCCCGGUCUGUGGUCAAUAAGGCCCCCCUGAUCUGCGAUCUUAUUCAGGGGGAGUCCGCGGACUUUAUGGGCAUUACGGAGACCUGGUUGGGCACAGAAGGGGGUGUACCCCUGGUUGAACUGUGCCCCCCGGGUUUCCGGGCAUUCCAUCAAUUGAAGGCCCAAGGUAGGGGUGGGGGGGUGGCGGUUGUGAUUAGAGAAAGUCUAGGGCCGAGGAAGUCCACUGUGCCUCAGAUAGCCGGUUGUGAAUCCCUCCUUGUGAAGUGGGGCCAUAGGAAUCAGAUGGGUCUGUUGAUCACAUACCUGGCUCCUUGCUGCGUGACUACAGCCCUACCCGAGCUACUGGAGGUGCUUGCCGGGGUGGCGGUUGAGAUUCCCAGACUUUUGGUUAUGGGGGAUUUCAACUUGCCAUCAGCUGGCUUGUCAUCAACGGUGGUACGGGAGUUCCAGGCUUCCAUGAUGGCCUUGGACCUGAUUCAAGUAACUGAUGGCCCUACACACAGUGGGGGAGGCACACUGGAUCUGAUUUAUAUUUCUGGACAGUGGUUAAAUGAUCUGGAAUUAGGAGAUUUAGUGACAGAACCUGUGUCAUGGUCAGAUCAUUUUCUCCUUCGCCUGGACUUUCGGACUGCCGCUCACCACUGCAGGGAGACGGAACCAAUGCGUUGGUUCCGUCCCAGGCGCCUGAUGGACCCCGAGAGGUUCCUGACGGAGCUUGGGCCGUUCCCUGAGGAUCUUGCCCACGGCACGGCUGAAGAACUAGUUGCGGCCUGGGAACAGGCCGCGGCCGGGGCUUUGGACCGUGUCGUGCCUUUGCGGCCUCUGACCCGGCGUAGAUCUCAAUUGGCUCCUUGGUUCUCUGAGGAGCUGAGAGAGAUGAAACGCCAGAGAAGACGCCUAGAGAGUACCUGGAGGUCCAGCCGUUCCGAGGCUGAUCGGACACUAGUUAGGUCUUUUUCUAAGACCUACCUAGUGGCACCGAGGGAGGAGAAACGUUCUUACGUUUCCACCCUCAUUGCGUCGGCAGAUAACCACCCGGCCGCCCUGUUUCGGGUGACCCGCUCUCUCCUUCAUCAGGAGGGGCGGGAUGACCCCUUGCAAGGACGUGCCAAGGAGUUUAACGGUUAUCUAUACGAUAAAAUCGUUCAGCUUCGGGUUAAUUUGGACCAAAAUUGCGAUGAUUCAAGUGAGAGGACGGAGACGCGUCUUGUUGAGGUUGUUUGGGAUGAGUUUGAUUCUGUGGCUCUCAAGGACGUGGACAGGUUACUGGGGAGGUUACAUGCCACUACAUGUUUACUGGACCCGUGUCCCUCCUGGUUGGUGCUGGCCACACAGGAGGUGACACGAGGCUGGCUCCGGGGAAUUAUAAAUGCUUCUUUGUUGGAAGGGGUUUUCCCCGCUGCCUUGAAAGAGGCAGUGGUGAGACCCCUCCUCAAGAAGCCUUCCCUGGACCCAGCUAUUUUGGGAAAUUAUCGUCCAGUCUCCAACCUUCGCUUUGUGGCGAAGGUUGUAGAGAGUGUGGUUGCAUGGCAGCUUCCCCAGUACCUGGAUGAAGCUGUCUAUCUAUCUAGACCCGUUCCAGUCCGGCUUCCGGUCCGGAUAUAGUACCGAGACAGCUUUGGUCGCGUUGGUGGAUAACCUCUGGAGGGCCAGGGAUAGGGGUUGUUCCUCUGCCCUGGUUCUAUUAGAUCUCUCAACGGCUUUUGAUACCAUCGACCAUGGUAUCUUGCUGCACCGGUUGGGGAGUUUGGGAGUGGGAGGCACCGUUUAUCGGUGGUUCUCUCCUAUCUCUCUGACCAGUCGCAGACAGGGGGGCAGAGAUCGACUGCAAGGCGCCUUACUUGUGGGGUGCCACAGGGGUCGAUUCUCUCGCCUCUCCUGUUCAACAUCUAUAUGAAGCCGCUGGGCGAGGUCAUCAGUGGCUUUGGGAUGAGUUACCAUCUGUACGCUGACGACACACAGCUGUACUUUUCCAACCCAGGCCACCCCAAUGAAGCUGUCAAAGUGCUAUCCUGGUGCCUGGAAGCUGUAUGGUUCUGGAUGGGGAGAAACAGGCUCAAGCUCAAUCCCUCCAAGACGGAGUGGCUGUGGAUGCCGGCACCCCGGUACAGUCAGCUGCAACCGCAGCUGACUGUUGGGGGCGAGUCAUUGGCCCCAAUGGAAAGGGUGCGCAACUUGGGUUUUCUGGAUGGACGGCUGUCGUUUGAAGAUCAUUUGGCGGCCGUCUCGAGGAGAGCUUUUUACCAGGUACGCUUGGUUCGCCAGUUGCGCCCCUUCCUCGACCGGGAUGCUUUAUGCACGGUCACUCACGCUCUUGUUACCUCUCGUUUGGAUUAUUGCAAUGCUCUCUACAUGGGGCUCCCCUUGAAGUG